AUGGAUAUCAUCAACACCCCCGAGAGCGCCUUGAGGAUCGGCGUGAUCCUGGUAGCCGCCACAGCCGUUUACCUGAUUCUAUACCGACCAUCAACGAAGUCCUUUCUGAACAGAGUGUCCCUACGCGGUCGAAGAAACUCAACAGCUAAAACCCCACCGCGGUCAUUCUCCCCGGAAGAAAAUCAGCCCAAGAGCGCCACAUCCCCUGCGAGCUACAAUCAUGCCUUACCACCCCAGCGUAGGGAAGCACUCCUACAACUACAGGAAAAGGCUAUACGCUGGCGGGAAGUUGACGAAACGGAGAUGCGCCAAAACAUCUUGCCCAUGACCGCGGACUAUAAGACUAGCCCAGGCAACCUGUACACUCCGACUGGAUUUUCGGUAGACGAUAUCAAAGCCCUGGGAGAUUUCCCCGAUUAUGCAACACUCAGUGGAGUUCCCUUGCCCAACCCGUAUCUGGAACACGACAUUGAGAAGGCCAAGCCUAGACCUUACAGGCCUUUCAGAUGGUCUUACCAUCAAACUAUGUCACUGACCAAACUUGAAACCGACUGGUGGAUUGAACUCGAAACCACCUACAAAGAUCGCAUCGCCCAGCGCAAAGAACUGUUCGCCAAGAACGGCAAGGCAGUCCUAGAUGCGCUCCCAGGCUCUGAGCUAGCUUGUAAGGAGCUCAUGGAAAUGGUCCUGCAGUUCAUCUGUGCAAGGUAUCCCCAACACUUCACGCUUGUUGAUAACCGUAUCUUGCACAACAAAAUUCUCGGCACCGAGCAAGAUAUUCGGGCUAAACCUCCACUUGAGGUGCUUCUUGACAACGUGCCUGAAGACUUUGCACUCAUGCUACGGGAUGAUCAGACUGGAUAUUAUUUCCUUCGAGCAGCGGUGAUCUGCUCGGCACUGGGAUGGAAUGUUGGUUCGAAGAUUGGGAAGCAGUUGCACCAGAUUCAUGAACCAAUCCCGGAUUAUAAGGAGAAGAUGCAGUUCUCAAUGGAUCGCUUCUUCACGAAAAUGCCAACUGAAAAGCCCAUUCAGCGAGGCUCAUGGGGCCUUGAAGUUGGGGAGCCUUUGUACAUGCCACCAGGCGACCCCCACGAGGCUCUUCGAAAAUUGCAAGAUCCAGAUUUGCAUAUCAAAGACUGCACCCUACGAGUGGACUGGCAGACUCUUCGUCGCCUCCCCUUGUCCGCUUCGGUUGUCUUCAACUUCAAAGCCUUGUUCGCUCCUAUCACGGAGUUCCGUGAUGAACCUGGCGUACCAGCGCUAGUUUCGAAGGUCCUGACGGAAGGAAAGCAGAACUUGAUGGAGUAUAAGGGAGUAUGGCACGUUCAACAUGUCAUCCUGCCCAAGUUGGAAGAGUGGGCCCAGGAACAGGAGGAGAAGGGACUCGUUCCCAAAAAUUGGCAGGUUGCUACACUAGACGACAGUCCGUGGUAUAAAGGAUGGGAGGAGAAGUGGCACCGUCAACAAGGAUUCUAA